AUGUCCUGCUACAACCAGUGCCUGCCCUGCCAGCCCUGCGGCCCGACCCCGCUGGCCAACAGCUGCAAUGAGCCCUGUGUCAGGCAGUGCCAGGACUCCACCGUCGUCAUCCAGCCCUCCCCCGUGGUGGUGACCCUGCCCGGCCCCAUCCUCAGCUCCUUCCCACAGACCCCCGCCGUGGGAUCCUCCACCUCCGCUGCCGUUGGCAGCAUCCUCAGCUCUGAGGGAGUGCCCAUCUCCUCCGGGGGCUUUGGCCUCUCCGGCUUUGGCAGCCGCUACUGCGGCAGGGGGGGCCUUCCCUGCUAA